GACAACGAUGCCGAAGAAGAGAACAGUUGCGAGCUUCUGUGUUAUCUUAUCGCUCCUUCUUCUGCCACUCGUGCUCUCCGUGCCUACAAGGAACCGAACUCCUACAGUUGAGCAGAUUAGAAACAGACAUGGAGAAAGAGAGGUGAUAGUUGACAAUGGGAUCAUCAGGGUCAGAUUCUCGAGUCCGCAAGGGCUUAUCACAGGGAUCAUAUACAAAGGGAUUGAUAAGGUGCUCAACCCACGUCUCCGAACUCGAGGAUAUUGGGACAUUACUUGGCAAGCAGAAGAUAUCCCAAUGCGCUUAGAUAGAGUGGAAGGCACGAAAUUUAGAGUAAUAAAUCGGAAUGAAGAACAAGUGGAAAUUUCAUUCACUAGGACGUGGGAUUUCUCUAUGCAUGGCUCUCACGUCCCAUUAAACGUGGACAAAAGGUACAUAAUACGCAACAACAGCUCCGGAAUCUACACGUACGGAAUCUUCGAACGACUACCAGAAUGGCCAGAGGUCGAGAUGGGUUUGAUCCGAGUCACUUUCAAACUCAACCCGGAAAGAUUUGAUUACAUGGCGGUGGCCGAUGAACGGCAAAGAGAAAUGCCGAGAGACGAGGACCGAGACAUCAGACAUGGACGAGCCAAGCCCCUCGAUUACAAAGAAGCUGUCCUCUUGACUAAUCCCCAUAACCCAUCAUUCAAAAAUGAGGUGGACGACAAGUACCAAUACUCGUGCGAGAUCAGAGACAACAAAGUACAUGGUUGGAUCUCGACCAACUCACGUGUCGGCUUCUGGAUCAUCUCACCAAGUGCCGAGUACCGAUCCGGUGGGCCCAUCAAGCAGGAGCUCACCUCCCAUGUGGGACCCACCGCCAUCUCGACAUUUAUAAGCGAGCAUUACAUUGGUACGGACAUGGAGACACAGUACAAAGCUGGAGAGUCGUGGAAGAAAGUGUUGGGCCCUGUUUUUAUAUACAUGAACUCAGAUUCUAAUGGAGAAGAUCCUCACAUUAACCUCUGGGAAGACGCCAAGCGACAGACCCAAGAGGAAGUUGAAAGCUGGCCGUACGGUUUUGUAGCGUCGCCGGACUUCACUUCUCGACAGGAAAGAGGAACGGUCAGAGGUCGACUGCUAGUGAACGAUGGAUUUGAAACGCCGGCAAGAUUUGCUCACGUGGGGUUGGCACCGCCGGGAGAAGCCGGUUCUUGGCAGACAAAUACAAAGGGCUAUCAAUUCUGGGCAGAGACGAACGAGACUGGGUAUUUCACGAUAGAUAACGUUAGGCCAGGGACUUACAAUCUGUACGGAUGGGUCCCCGGCAUUAUCGGAGACUAUAAACAUCAAUAUGAUGUUGUAAUAACUCCAGGUUCCGAAAUCAUGCUCGGUGAAAUCGUGUACGAACCUCCUAGGAGUGGUCCGACGUUGUGGGAAAUCGGUAUACCAGACCGAACAGCUGGAGAAUUCUUCGUACCGGAGCCUUACCAAACGAUGAUCAACACAUUGUACCUAAACCACACCGAUAAGUUCAGACAGUACGGUCUGUGGCAACGCUACACUGAGUUGUAUCCAAAUCAAGAUCUCGUCUACAAGAUCGGAACCAGCGAUUAUGAAAAAGACUGGUUUUACGCUCAUGUCACUAGGCGAGUAGACGGCUCGACAUACGCAUCAACGACAUGGCAGAUCGUUUUCGACAUAUCAUCGUCUCUUAGCCGACAAGGAAAUUACACCAUGCAACUGGCCCUGGCCUCAGCUUCGCAGGCAGUGCUACAAGUCCGGUUCAAUGAUGAACACUCGAUACCGAUCUUCGCAACGGGACAUGUCGGAAGAGACAAUGCGAUCGCAAGGCAUGGGAUCCAUGGGAGGUACAGACUGUACAGCAUAAACGUGCCCGGGAGAUUGCUAAGGAAUGGGACCAAUACCAUAUAUCUUAGACAGGCUAAGGCCGAGGGUCCAUUUCAAGGUCUAAUGUAUGACUAUAUUCGCCUCGAAGAACCUCCAAUAACCUUAGGAUAUUAGUUUUUUUUUGGGUGAUUUGGUAGGUUAUUAGUUGUAAAAAGAGUUUUAAGGACAGGAAUUGAUAAUGUUCCAUGU